AUGGCGAACAUCCUUUCCCUCUCGCCGGAGAUGUUGUCUGGCAUCUUCGCGCAGGUCACAACCCUUGAGGAUUCAAUCAACCUGGGGAUGAGUUGCCGUACCCUUCUGAAUGUCUGGAAAGCGGAUGAGGCGCGUUUGGUCGUCGACCUCAUCCACACGCAUAGCGUCUUCGCCAUUAAUCGCCAGCGAACUCGCUGGAUCUUGCCGCACCCGUGGAAACUGCCGCAUCUGCUCUGGCUUAUCGUAAACCCCGACCGUGGCGGUGGGUUGAGGAUGGAGCUCGUCAGGCGGUACCCUCUGCCGAGGCCGCUGCCACACACUGACGAUGUGUGGGAUCGAUUCCGAGCGAUGGCCGCUAAGUCCGGCGACAAGGUGGCCUUCUGGCGCCAGAUUUUGGAUACCGCGCGCAAUAUAUCCGAAGGAGCCGGCGCCAUUCGGAUGGUCUCCGGCUACGAUCCAGAGGACGACAAUUCGUCGAGCAUCAUGGAGCACCAGAACGAGGUGCUCACCUUACUAGUGUACCUCGCACUAGUUGUCACCCCCGAGGACCAUCGCGACAUCGACUUGCGGAUCUGCGAAUUCUUCGAGCAGAUCAACAACAGCGUCGACUUGAAGCCAAUUCUUACGGAGAUGAUGUAUUUCAUCUCCUACCACAACUUGCCUCAGGCUGCCCACUGGCCUCUUCCGUGGGACUAUGUCGAGCACUGCCGCGAUUCGGGCCGGGCCAUAGUCAAGAGGCUGGUCCAGAUACGCAUGUAUGAUUUCGAGCUCUGA